GGCCGUUUCAUUCUUCUCUCUCUGAACGGAAUUUUGUUCUUCUUGUACAGAUUGAAAGACUCUGCUGAGGGAACCCAAAUUUCAAGUUCCGAGAACAACCAAUCAAUUUGUUUCGGUACGCAGCGAUUGAAGCAAAACAAGGAAUAAAGAAGAAAACAGAGAGAUCGGUUUCAUUUCGCUUUGAAUCAGAUUGUUAUUGACAGAGAUCAUGGGAUACGGAGCGCCAUUAACAGGUUUCAGUGCUAAUACUGCAGCGGCGGAGACGACUCUGCUUCCGCCGUACAAUUCUGUAGCGAUUGACUCGUUUCCUAAGGCGGUGGGAGCGAUGCCGGCGUCGGCAUCGGCGUCGACGGGUGUUGUUAUGAAGUCCGACAGCGCUAUAUCUUAUAAUCUUCCGAUUCCGAGAAAGCGCGGUAGGGAUCAUUCCACCAUAAACCGAUUCCUCUCAUAUCCUUCCUCGCAUACUCAUUCUCAGAAGAAUUGUGGACGUAAUUUAUAUUUUCUUGGCGAAGAUAUCUCCAUCCUAGUUCAACAGCAGCAAUUAGAUCUGGAACGAUUGAUAUCGCAACAUAUGGAGAAGGUGAGGAUGGAAAUGGAAGAAAAACGGAAGAGAGAAGCGAUAAGGAUUAUGGAGGCGAUAGAAGUAGGAAUGAUGGGGAUUUUAAGGAGCAAAGAGGAAGAGAUCGAGAAGAUGGGGAAACUAAAUUGGGAACUAGAAGAACGAGUGAAUAGUCUAUGCAUGGAGAAUCAAAUAUGGCGUGAUGUGGCUGAGACGAACGAAGCCACCGCAAAUGCUCUCCGGAGCGACCUGGAACUUGUUCUGUUAGACGUGAAAAAGGAGGAGGAGGUGGAGGAGGAGGAGAAGGCAGAGUCGUGCUGCGGAAGCAACGGCGGAGAUAUGGAGGAGGAGGAGGAGGAGGAGGAGGAGGAAGUUGAAGAAGAGAGGAGAAAAGGGAGGAAGACGAGAAGGAAGGAGGAGGACAGACGGUGCAAGAACUGUUGGAAGGAAGAAUCAUGCGUGCUGCUAUUGCCAUGCAGGCAUCUGUGUUUGUGUACUGUUUGUGGUUCAUCUCUACACCAUUGUCCCAUCUGCAACGCUACCAAUAACGCCAGUGUUCGUGUAAUCAUGCCUUAGAACAACAAAAAAACACACACACAUAUUUCAUUCUUCUCUUCAAAUUCUUCAAAUUCUCCACCCUUUUUCUACACAUUUCUAAUCUCUGAUCAGCCUCUGUUUAUCCUCUCUCAAAUUUGUGUCAUUUUCUUACACAAAUUUCUC